AUGGAGGGUGGCCAGGCCUCCUCGAAUCCCCCCGCUGGGAACUCCAGCGAUUUUGUACGCAAAUUGUACAAAAUGCUGGAGGACCCCUCCUACGCGUCCAUAGUCCGCUGGGGUGAUGAAGGGGAUAGCUUCGUGGUUCUCGAGUGCGAAAAAUUUACCAAGACCAUACUUCCCAAACAUUUCAAACACAGCAACUUUGCCAGUUUCGUACGCCAACUCAACAAAUACGAUUUCCAUAAAGUUCGCCAAAACAAUGAGGAGAAUGGCCAGUCGCCGUAUGGGCAGAACGCCUGGGAGUUCAAACACCCCGAGUUCCGUGCGAACAGCAAGGACUCCCUAGAUAAUAUCCGCCGAAAAGCCCCUGCGCCUCGCAAGCAGACUCAGACCACCGACGACUCCGUGCCUACCCAACAGAUCGAUUUGCUCAACCAGCAGAUCGUCGCGCAGCAGCAGCAAAUCCAGCACCUCUCAGACCGAUAUGCGCAACUCACGGUGGACCACCAGCUCAUGCUGCAGGAGAUGAUGAGAGUGCAAAAGACGGUCUUGAACCACGAGAACGUCAUUCAGCAGAUGAUGCAACAUUUGCUCUCGACAGAUGCACGCCAGCGAAGAGACAGCAAGGCCGCUGUCGCCUAUCAAGGACAGCCCGGCUCUACCAUGAGCCCAUCCCAAGUUGGUGCGGUGGAUGAUGGGCCGUCUUCGCCUCUUCAGCAGGCUUCAAAGCUCUUGAACGAUAUGAACGCAGAGGUCCAGUUCAACCUUGCCGGUGGGGACCCCAACGAUACUCAGAAGGCAGGAGUUGUGCCAGCAGCUGCUCCAAUGGAUCCGGCAGCUCGGAAUGGUGCUGUUCGUCCGGCAACCACUGUGCCUCCCAACCCAGCGCUGGUUUACCCCAAGAUGGGUGGCGACAUGGACCAGGUGGUCUACCCUGUGGGUGCCACCAACGGCAUCGAUCCUAUGUAUAGCGAGCAUGUCAACAAUACAGAGGUCGAGCCCCCAGACGCGCGCCGCCAAUACCCGGACAAUCGGAAGAAGAGCACUAAUGUUGACCCUGGUUGGAUGCGCAGCCCGCAAAUCCUGCUGGUCGAGGACGAUGCUACUUGUCGACAGAUUGGUGGCAAAUUCCUGUACUCGUUUAAUUGCGUUAUUGACACAGCGUUUGAUGGCUUGGAAGCAGUCAACAAAAUGCAGGGUGGUUCCAAGUAUGAUUUGAUCUUGAUGGAUAUCAUUAUGCCGAACUUGGAUGGCGUGUCAGCUUGUCAUCUUAUCCGCCAAUUCGACCGAACUCCUAUCAUUGCCAUGACUUCCAACAUUCGAAGUGACGAUAUCCAACUCUACUUCCAACACGGCAUGGAUGAUGUUCUUCCGAAGCCUUUCACCCGCAAAAGUCUUCUCGACAUGCUUGAGAAGCACUUGGUGCAUCUCAAGACCAUCCAGCCAGGCAUUGAGGCUCCGCCUUCUGCGGCCGCCGUGACCAUGGCCCAGACAUCGGCAAGCCAAUCGAUCAAAGAAGACAGCUCCCCCGGCCAGUCUCCGGCCGGCUCUAUGAACAACUGGCAAUCACCCGGGCAAUUCCAGGGUAUGCAGGCUGUUCCUCCGACAAUGCCCGCUGUCCCGGGACAAUACGUGCCAGCGACAGCUACACCGGCCGCCUAUACUGUUGACCAGAACGGCGUUCAGUUCCCAGCACCCGCGGUUGCCGUCCCAUCCACCGGGGGCCCAGCCCGGCCACCUCAUCGGCGGCAAAUGUCGGACAUGGCAGGAGGCCCGGAUAAUCCGAACAUGGCUAAACGGCAACGCAUGUACCCUCAACCGCAACCAAUGAUGGCGGUACAAGCUGGGCGUCCCGGCUAA